AUGUCUGAAGGUUCGUCUAUAUUGUCGUGUGGGCCUAAAAGACAAUAUGGCACACUAGAAUCUACAACUACACCUCAAAAUGCUCACAAGUUAUACACAGUUAAACCUGGUGAUACUCUUGUCUCAAUUGCAGUUCAAAAUGGUACAACAGUACAACGUUUAAGAUGGAUAAACCGCUUAUGGAGCUCCGACAUCUCCAACAUAACUACACUAAAGAUUCCUGUGAAAUCUCAAUCAGAAUCAACCAGUUUUAGUGAAACAAACUCAAUAGAGUUGUGUCCUGUCAAGAAAAAAAUAGAAACAGAGAAUGAAGAUGCAUUACAAAUAGCUUCCGCUAGUCUUUAUAUUAAAGAACUUUCAGAAAGGGUUGAAAAGGCUAAGGAAGCUGCAUCUCGUUGUCUAGAGAAAAGUAGACUUCAUGAAAUUAUGGCUGAUUGUGAUCCUACCGGUCGAGAUUGUUACAUUCUACCGCGUUUAUCAAUGACUGAUGAAACUGUUGUCAUGGUAACAUCACCAACAGCGUCUAGAAUGAAUUCUUCCGCUUCUGCUUCUUCUAAUAAUAAUGUUCCUACUCAUCACCAUAGUUCAUUGUGUACAAUCUCUACGAGUAGUCUUCAUGAUCCUUGUUAA